CCACAUCGGUCGCUGCUGUCUCGGGCUAUAUCGGUGCAUUUCGUGGUUGAAGACUUGAAGUUUUGGACCCUGCAUAAACAACCCCCACCAUCACUCCCCUUUCUUUCCACCCCUCCUCCGCAUUCAACUAAUCGACCCUGAACGCCAAAAUGUCUGAGAUCUACCGUGCCAGCACCACCGCGCCCGUCAACAUUGCCGUCAUCAAGUACUGGGGCAAGCGCGAUGCUAAGCUCAACCUCCCCACCAACUCUUCUCUCAGCGUUACCCUCUCGCAGAACGAUCUCCGCACCCACACAACCGCCUCCUGCUCCUCUUCAUACCCGGCUGAGGACUCCCUGCUGCUCAAUGGCAAGCCUCAGGACGUGUCUGGCGCCCGCACGCAAGCUUGCUUUCGCGAGCUGCGGGCGCUGAGGAAGGACGUCGAAGCCAAGGACUCGAACGCUCCCAAGCUCGCCGAAUUGCCGCUGAAGAUUGUGUCCGAGAACAACUUCCCUACUGCUGCUGGGCUGGCUAGCAGUGCCGCUGGCUUCGCUGCUCUCGUACGCGCGAUUGCAAACCUCUACGAACUGCCCGCAGACCCCACGGAGCUCUCGCGCAUUGCCCGUCAAGGUUCCGGCUCAGCAUGCAGGAGUCUGUUUGGUGGAUACGUGGGCUGGGAGCAGGGCUCUGCGGCCGAUGGAACCGACAGCAAGGCCUUUGAGGUUGCUCCCGCGAGCCACUGGCCGGACAUGCGCGCCGUCAUUCUGGUCGUCAGCGCUGCGAAGAAGGACGUCUCGAGUACAUCUGGCAUGCAGACUACUGUUGCCACAUCCUCUUUGUUCGCAUCGAGAGCGAGCGAGACUGUGCCCAGGCGCAUGAAGGAGAUGCAGGAAGCAGUCAAGAACAAGGACUUUGAGACCUUUGCCAAGGUCACCAUGAUGGACAGCAACUCGUUCCAUGCCACCUGCCUGGACACAUACCCGCCCAUCUUCUACCUGAACGACGUCUCGAGGGCAGCAAUCAAGAUGGUCGAGCAGAUCAACGCUACCGCUGGCAAGAUCAUUGCAGCCUACACCUUCGAUGCUGGCCCAAAUGCUGUUAUCUACUAUCUCGAGGAGAACGAGAAGCACGUUGCUGGUGUAUUCAAGACGCUUCUGGCUGACAAGGACGGCUGGAGUGGCGAGCGCGGCGCGGCCGUUGAGGGCAACUACGAGGCGGCUGAGAAGGCCAACACCGAGGCUGAGGUCGCUGUCGGUCUGCUGAAGGAGGGUGUUAGCAGAGUCAUCUUGACAGGUGUUGGUGAAGGCCCAGUAAAGACCGAGGAGGCUUUAAUUAACGAGAAGGGCGAGCCAAUCUCAGUAUUGUAUUAGGCAGCGUGCAAGCCAAGCAUUAGAUACCCUCGAACAGAAGCAAUGUCCACCGUACCCCCCUUCA